AUGGCAAUAAUAGAACACAAUAGGUUUGGGCCGUUAUGGAGAACGGGGGCCUUCGUGAAUGUGGCUGACAACCGCUUGAUUGAACAGGUUUUGCGUCAGGAAGGAAAGUAUCCCGAGAGGCUGGUGGGGAGUAUCUGGGCAGAGCAACGAAAGGUGCAGGGACUGGCAAAUGGUAUCAUUACUGCGGAGGGUGAGGAAUGGUACAGACUGCGGACCUUGCUCAAUGAAAAGAUGCUGAAGCCACAGGAUGCUCUGCUGUAUCAGGGCGUUAUCAAUGAGGUGUUAACUGAUUUUAUUGACCGAAUCCAGAGACUGCGCUUGGCGAGUGAAUCUGGGGUCACGGUGCACAACAUUACAACGGAACUGCAGAAGUACACCUUUGAAGCGAUUGCUGCCAUCUUGCUUGAGAUCCGCAUGGGCUGUCUGCAGGAGAAGAUUCCAGAAGAAACACAGAAAUUCAUCGCUGCUGUCACAACAAUGUUCCGUUCGCUGGUCUACUGCGAAUAUUUACCAAGGUGGACAAGGAACUGGCUGCCAUUUUGGAAGCAGUACCUUCAGGCCUGGGAUGACAUGUUUGACUUUGCGAGGAAAGCUGUGGACAAGAAGAUAGUGCAGAUUCGAGAACUGAUGGAGGCUGGGCACUCAGUGGAGGGGCAGUAUCUGACCCACCUGCUGACCAGUGAGAUGAACCAGUCUGAGAUGUACAGCAGCCUUACUGAACUCCUUUUGGGUGGAGUGGACACGACAGCAAACACACUGACCUGGGCCCUCUACUGCCUUGCCAAAAAUCCAGAAGUUCAAGAGUGUGUCUUCAGGGAAAUAUGGAGCAGCUGUCCGGGAGAGCAGGUUCCAACAGCUCAGGACUUCAGCAAAAUGCCCCUGCUGAGAGCUGUCAUCAAAGAGACAUUGAGGUUGUACCCAGUUGUUCCAAACGUGGUUCGCACACUGCACAGGGACAUCGUGUUGGGUGGUUACCAUAUUCCACAGAAAACAACAUUUAUCCUGUGUCACUACGCAAUGUCCUACAGUGAACAGAACUUUCCGGGCCCUCACCUCUUCAAGCCAGAACGCUGGCUCCGAGAAGCAGAUAAACACAAGCACCACCCGUUCAGCUCGAUGCCGUUUGGAUUCGGUGUCCGCAGCUGCAUAGGGCGAAGGGUUGCUGAGCUGGAGAUGCAACUGACACUGGCCAGGCUGCUGAAACAGUUCCAGCUAAAACUGGAGCCUGGAACAAAGGAAGUUCCUGCAAAGUCCAGAAUUGUUCUUAUUCCUAAGAAUCCCAUAAACCUGCAGUUCCUGGACCGGCAAUGAAGAAUCAGGAGCAGGAAGAAUUGACCAGGCUCAAGUUCAUCAAUCACAAUCUCUCAGGUCAUGUGCUGACCUUUUCAUUGUAUACUCUGUUCCAUUUCACACAGUAAUUCCUCUCCCUGACCGUUUAAUUCAGUUCCACCCUUUAACAGCGUUCCAGCAGUAACACAUCACAUCUAGACUUCACACCUCCUUCCCGACUCAUCAAUUUCCUAUCUCUUCCUGUGGGCUUGUGCCCGGAGUUGGAAUAAUUUUCCAGCACGGGCCUGACAGGCUGAAUGGCCUGUUCCUGGGUUGACUGGCCAUUAGACCUGGCCCACACUGCAGAGUGCCUGCAGCAUGAGAAGGAAGCAAGGAGCUGCUGACUGAACAGAAGGCUUGUCAUCUCUCGCUGUCCUUACAGGACCCAAACAAUUAGUAAGGAUACGUACUUCUUCAUAACCAAACUGGUUCAUACAUAGCUCCUGCUCAAACAUCCACGCAUCCCAGCCUCCAAUAAUUAAGUAAAUGAAGUGUUCAAAAAAACACUUGUUUUUUGCAAUGGC